AUGGCGGCGCCCGUGGUGGAUAGUUGGAGCUGGUUUCCAGCGUUAGCACUGGGAGUUUCUUUGUUGAAAUGUCUGUUUAUCAACGCCUACCAUUCCACAGACUUCGAGGUGCACAGGAACUGGUUGGCCAUCACACACAGUCUACCGGUGUCCAGGUGGUACCAUGAGAACACGUCGGAGUGGACUCUGGACUAUCCUCCGCUGUUCGCCUGGUUUGAGUUUGGUCUGUCCCAUGUGGCUCAGCACUUUGACAGAAACAUGCUGGUAGUGGAGAAUCUGAACUACGCCAGCCCAUCUACUGUACUCUUCCAGCGGCUGUCGGUCAUCUUCACUGACAUGGUUUUUAUCUAUGCUGUCAGAGAGUGCUGCAGAUGUGUUCAGGAACAGAAAGGUUCUCGGGACGUUUUGAACCGCCCGUCCUUCACCCUGGCUGUUCUGCUGCUCUGGAACUUCGGUCUCCUCAUCGUGGACCAUAUUCAUUUCCAGUAUAACGGAUUCCUGUUUGGUUUCCUGCUGCUGUCAUUAGCAAAGCACCUGCAGUCUCGACACCUGCAGGGGGCGCUGCUGUUUGCCAUCCUGCUCAACCUGAAGCACAUCUAUCUGUACGUGGCUCCGGCCUAUGGCAUCUACCUGCUGAGGAGUUACUGCUUCACUCAGGACAACAAAGACGGUUCUGUCAGCUGGACGAGUUUCAGUCCGCUCCGCCUCCUGGCUCUGGGCAGCAUUGUGGCCUCCGUCUGCGCUCUGUCCUUCGGCCCCUUCAUCGCCAUGGGUCAGCUCCCUCAGGUCCUGUCUCGUCUCUUCCCCUUUAAGCGGGGCCUCUGUCAUGCCUAUUGGGCCCCCAACAUCUGGGCCCUCUACAACAUACUGGACAAAAGCCUGGCGAUGCUUGGUGUUCGUCUGAAGCUGCUGGAGGAGGCGGAGCUUCCUCGCGCCUCCAUGACAGGCGGGUUGGUUCAGGAGUUUCAGCACUCGGUCCUGCCCUCUGUCUCUCCCUCCAUCACACUCGUCUGCACUCUGCUCUCCAUCCUGCCGGCUGUGGCGUCCAUCUGGCGGCGUCCUCGUGGCGCCCGGGGUUUCCUGCGCUGCCUGCUGCUCUGCGCUCUGGGCUCUUUUAUGUUCGGCUGGCACGUCCAUGAGAAGGCUAUCCUCAUUGCCAUCCUGCCUCUCAGUAUCUUGGCGGUUGAGAGCAGAGAGGAUGCUGGGAUCUUCCUGGUUCUGACCACCACAGGCCAUUACUCCCUGUUCCCACUGAUCUUCACACCUGCAGAGCUGCCCAUCAAAGUGCUUCUGAUGCUCAUGUUUGUGAUCUACUCUUUCACUGCUUUGAGGAAACUUCACAGUGGUCAAGGGUCCCUGCUCCAUCCUCUGGAGUCUAUCUACCUGCUGGGACUGGUUGCUUUAGCGAUAGCCUGUGAGAUCAUCUUCCCCCUGUCGCCAUGGCAACAGAAGCUGCCCUUCCUCCCCCUGCUGGUGACCUCGGUAUACUGCUCUGUGGGCGUCUGUUACUCCUUUCUGCGUCUGUACAUCAGCCUGCUGAGGCAGGAGGUGAAGCCCAAACAGCUGUGAGACGGCGCCCUGUACCUGAGAGGUCACAGGUGAGAUCGCCAAACACACACCUACAUCCCUUCUGCAUACGUGCCCCUGAGGAGGACACUCAGAGUCUGACUGCUCACUGUGCAGAUCAACAGGAGAAAAUUACUGUCACCUCUCCAAAACCUCUGUUGUUGUUCUGUGUGUUUCCAGCGCCAUUUUAGUUUUUUUAGCAUAUUUUUCUUCUUCUUUGGAAUAUUGACCGAACACAGUCCACAUGACAUCACAUCCUGAUAUUUCCAGCAGCUGCUGUGAAAUUUUGGAGCAGAAAAUGUAUCAGCAUCAACAGUAAAUACCAGUUUUUGAUAUCAGAAUUGGACUCUGUUGCUUCAUUAGUCACCUGGUCGCUCUUUAGGCUCAUAAACGCUCUUUGGUUCUGUUUGUGUUGGUCUGUACCAAACCCUCCUGACCUGCUGUGUGAUCAAUGCAAGACAAAAACAACUGAAGUUUAGUAGUAGUUUAGUCUUUUUUCGUCAAGUUUGUCGUCACUGUUUGCACUGCUCAGCCUGUGAAAGCAGUGCAUUCUUAAAUAAGCCCUGAUGACAUCACAGUGAUGUCAUUGGGGGUAUCUAAGAUUAGCUUUGCAGACAGCAAAUCUUUAAAAAAAGUCUGAAAUACAGAGUACAACUUAAAGCCACCAUUACUGCCACAGUGAUGAAGGUUUUCAGACUGCCUUGAUUGUUGUAAUGUUGGAUUCAACUGUAGUUAAUGUUCUAUCAAGAUAUUCAGUUCUGUUGUUUUGAAGCGUUCUUAAAAUUACCUUUUCUUGUAAGAGGUCUGGCUUGGCUGUAAAUAUAACAUUACACUAUGUUAUAUUUCUGUGAACUUGACAACAACAUGAAUAACAUCAGAUUUUAUACAUUUGAGGCCCAAGUGUCUCAGGUUGACAAUAAGUGAUCACUGUGUACCUUUACAAUCCCUCACCAUUAGGCUCAGAUACAUAUUUAAUCAACAUUUAACUAAAUAUACUUUAAGUAUCAGAUCGGACUCAGUAUCAGCAGAUCAGGGCCCAAAACACAUGAUCAGGAAAUCCCCUAUCGUCGAGCCUUUAUUGCUCUCAUCAGCACUGUGACCCGGGUACACCUCUGAACCAGUGCAUGCUGGGAUAGACUCCAGCCGCCUACAACCCUUUAUGGAUAGAAACACUACUGGAAUGAUGUGACUCUGAGCGUCUAAUCAGCUGAAAUAUUUUAUUAAUUAUCUGAAGUUAUUUCAACAUCUGAGGCGACGCAGACUGGACACCAACCUGUGUUCCUGCUCUCUUCAUCACGGUUGGUGGCAACAAAAUUUCUACGAUUGAUCACAGACUCUGGAUACAGAAUUGUAGUAACCGAGGUGGUAUCAACUACGAGAGAUUAUACUGAUAAAACUGGCUGUGAUUUCACCCGAAACCAGCAGGUGGAUGAAGCAAACUGUCCAGCAGUGAAGAACUACGCCCCACAUGGACCAAAACUGAACUGAAAGACGAACGAUGAUGUUUGAUUUUCUACACAUUCAAAUAAAAGAAAGAUUAUUUUUUCGUAUUUGUGUAUGUGAUGAUGUCUACUGUAACUGACUUUUGUAUUUAAACAAACAGAAAAGUGAUUUUAUUUCCCACAACAGGUGAAUAAAAGCCUCAGUAAUAAUCA